AUUUCGUCACUAAAGGACUCGGCCGAGAACCAAUAUGGCGGACUAUGUUUGUCUCACAGUUUACUGCUCAAUGUUCCGACCAUGGAACAAAGAUAAUUUCGCAUCAUAGGAGACCUUUUACACCCUGUAACUCUAACUAAAUGCUUCAUGGACACGUCGGGAUCGUGAGAUACGCGUUAUUCUCAUACAAUGUCGAUUAAUGCCGAGGGUUUGUGACGCAGAAAGAUCGAAUUUAUGCAUGAGUGAAGGUGACGACAAAACGCCGGAUAACGUAGACGUCACCACGAAGAAAGAAAUGCUAGCCUAACGAAUUACAAAUGGCAAAUUUUCUAGCAAGGAGAGGAGUUGUUUUAUCGGUUGCUCAACAGCAUGCUAGGGUAUGUAGAUCGCGAGCUUGGCAUUUUACAGAGAAUGGAUUUUCCACAAAAAGGGAUACCACACUAAUUGCGGAAAGCAAACCGAUUAAUUCUUUUUUGAAUCGAAGAAUAAAAACAAACUCCUGUUGUAGAACAUUUAGGACAAGUCCAGCUUCUAUGAGAGAAGAACCAUGGAUGAUUUCAGAUGGGGAAGUAAAUGCUAUGAUCAGUAGAUUAGAAAAGAGUGGCAAAAUUGAUACUGGGAUUAUAGAUAGAUACGAGACAAAUCAGUUAGCUUCUAAUCAGCCAAUGGAAGAUCGAAAAUUUGUGGUGCGACUUCUACAUCAAGAUGGUGGGUACCUUUUUGGAGUGAUGGACGGACAUGGCGGUAAUGCCUGUGCGCAUAAUGUGUGCAAGAGGUUACCUGAUUACAUCGCGUUGUCGCUCCUCCAUCGUCAUGUUCUUCUGGCACAUCCUGACUUGAUGCCCAAACUCACAGACUACCUGACAAUAACCAAAAACGAAGACCAUUGUUAUAAUUACGCUAACGAUCCAGCAUGUCGGAACAGUCUUAAUAAGUACUUUUACGAGCUGCAAGAUAUGGUUGAAGCUCAUGUAGAAAUGCACGGUAAAAAAGUGGCAAUGCUCUCCUUGUCACAAGGCAGAGACUCAGAAAACAUGUACUCUGCACUUCAUGAAGAGGUUGUUUCAAAUACAGUUAGAAGUAUUCGCGAAGCUUACAUCCGUUUAGAUCAAGACAUUAGAAAUGAGGCAGUGAAAGAGAGUAAGUCAAAGCUCCCUGAAGGUUCAAGUUGCCAUGCCUUUGAUGCUGCUAAUGCUGGGGCCUGUGCUCUUGUAGCGUAUAUCCAAGGGACUGAGUUAUUCCUGGCCAAUGCUGGUGAUUGCCGUGCCGUGCUGGGUGUCCAGGGUGAGGACGGGUGUUGGUCUGCGAUGCAACUCUCUUCUGAUCACACUGCAGGUAAUCCAGAGGAGGUGCAACGAAUACUGAACCAGCAUCCCCCUGAAGAGAGCACCACAGUUAUCAGAUUUGAGCGGCUGCUUGGGCGCUUAGCCCCUCUGCGGGCAUUUGGAGAUGCUCGUUUCAAAUGGGACAAGAAAACACAGAACAAAGUUUACAGUAAGAGCUCAUUAAACCCCAUGUCAGAAGUAGAACACUUCUACACACCCCCAUAUUUAACGGCAGAGCCUGAGGUUAUGUCCUACCAGCUCCAACGCACAGACAAGUUCCUGGUCCUUGCGACAGAUGGACUCUGGGACAUGCUAAGUAAUGAGGAAGUCGUCCACUAUGUUCAAGAACAUGUUUGCAAAAAAGUGGAGGACACUUCAAAGGGGGUACUACCACAGGAUAUCACUUUCAAUGAGCAAGAGUUGCCAUGCGAUUUGAACAAUGCUGCAUCUUGUUUGGUGCGGGAGGCACUUGGCGGGGAUGACCAUGUUGCCGUAAGCACUACACUUAGUAUACCCUAUCCAGAUGUGCGCAUGUAUCGUGAUGACAUCUCUGUGAUUGUGGUCUUCUUCAACUGGGAACGGAUGGAGAGUGUGGAUGUGGAUUGAGAGUGUGGAAAUUUACAUAUGCCAAUUUGCAGGCCACAAAGAAAGAUAAUGUUCAAACUGGCAUACUUUGCAUACAAGCUACAUACUUUAAUUUUAUUGCAAUUCUCCUUAUAAAAGUAAAACGUGAUCAACUGGGAAGUUGAUUGAAUAAAAUAUUUUCCCUUGACAUGCUGCAUUCUAACUUGCUGUUUAAUGUGCAGGAUAAUGACUUGGCAUCUUAAAUACAGUGCCUUGGUGACUCUACUCUAUUUAACCUGACAUAAUUGUUAUUCCCUAAUUUUUCAUAUACCUCUGUUAAGCAACCAACCUCCAUUAAGCAGGCAACUGUCUCUGAUCCAAGGGUGGCGGCUUAAUAAAAGUACCACUGUAUUGAAUGUUGCGUACAAUAUAGAGACAUGUACUUGUAUGUAAUCAUACAGUAUUUCUAAUUUCAAAAUUGUUACUUUUCACAAAUCAUCUCUUUUUUUAUUAUUGUUUUCUUUCUUGUAAACAAAGCGUGGUAAUUGUGUGUUAAGCUCUUUUCGUGCCUUUUCUGCGGAAGAGGGAGAGCUGUACUUGGGGUGGGGUGGGGUGGAGAUAUAUGAAUAAUCUCUGGUGUUUGUACUUUGCACUCUAUACUUAUAGAAAGAGGGAAAGCAAAGAAAUGUCAUUUGAGGAUGCCAAAGAGCUUUUACGGAAAUUAUUAGAUUAUCUAUAGUAUUCGUAUGAAUUUGUUGUUUAUCUUUGUAUACUGUAGUUACAAUAAAAAAUAUCAAAAUUGUAUUUAAUGCUUUGUCUUUUUGGGUAGGUGAUUUUUGUACUCAAUUAAAGUCUUAUCUGAUGCAGUG